AUGGUGGUCAUACAGUAUCUCAAAAAAGCCGGCACUUUGUUCGCUCCGCCUCCACAGAAGUCAGACGAUGGACGUGAUCAGUGGCCUUCGCGAGCCGCAUUCCUCCUCGCCGCCAUGGGUGGCUGCGCGGGCCAGGGCAACCUGCUGCGAUAUCCUUCCGUUGUCUACAACAAUCACGGUCUCCAGUGGUUCAUACCGUACCUUAUGGCUGUUACGUUGAUUGCGAUUCCGUCGCUUAUUCUGGAGAUCUCGAUAGGCCAGGCGUACCGAGGUGGGUCGCUCAUGGCGUUCAACAACAUCAACAAACGAUUGAGAGGCGUCGGCCUCGGUCCGGUGUUCGUCAGCUUCGUCGUCGUCCAGUACUUUACAGUCAAUCUAGCUUGGAUCAUGUCCUACUUCCGCCAUUCCUUCACAAGUCCUCUCCCGUGGGAAGGGCGAAUUGAACAGUUUUAUUGGAACAACGUCAUCGGCAACGUCGACUCGGUUGAGGGCAGCUUGAGUCAAGGCAACGACCAUGUCACAGAGUACACUCGCUAUCCCGGCACCGCCGUUCUCGGAGAGACUGUCGGGUGGAGCGUCUUCAUCUGGUUCCUGAUAUGGAUUUCCAUCUUUCGCGGCGUGGGUCUCACUGGCCGGGUUGUGUAUUUCACCAUGGGGCUUCCUAUUGUCACGACCAUCAUCUUCGUUGGACGUGCACUCUCACUUGAAAAUGCCGGGGCAGGCGUCAAGCUUCUCUGGGCGACCUGGAGAAGCGACCAGCUCGCGUCACCGACCCUUUGGCAGACGGCCACUGGCCAAGUCUUUUUUUCCACCGGCAUUGGAUUCGGCUACUUUACGUCCUACGCCUCGUACAACGCGAAACAUUCCAACGCCGUCAUGGAUGCACUUCUCAUCUGCGGCAGCAACGUUUUGUUUGAGAACUUUGCAGCUUUUGCCGUAUUCGGAGUCGUUGGAUACCUCCGAAGGUGGCCGGAGGACGGGGUGAGACUGGGUGCUUUUGUCGUGGGGUUUCUGACGCUUCCGGAAGCUGUGCUCCAGAUGCCCGGCGCCAACUGGUGGGCUAUUCUUCUGUUCUUCACCCUUGUGGUCCUUGGAUUCAGCUCAGCCUUCGUAAUGCUGGACACUGCCGUAACCUUGGCGGUUGAUUCAGGACUCAAGGUUUCGCGUCCAGUCAUUGUCACCGCGCUGACCUUGGUGUCAUUUCUCAUGUGCCUACCAUACUGCACAGAAUUUGGCUACUACCUUUUGGAUGGAAUUGAUAGAUGGAUCAACAACGUCGCUCUGAUUUUUGUCGUCUGGUCUGAGGUCGUAAGCGCCACCACGGUAUAUCGCUGGGAGGACGUGGUCAGCCAAACCGGCUUGCCCGCGUUCACCGCCUACAACCUUGGAUACUUUGGAGGACAGGUCGUCGGGAUAUCUGUCGCACACGGCACGGCGAACCCUGGGGCAGGAGCCGGAGCCGGAUUUGGCUUCUACGUUCUCUGCACUCUUACGUCUGUUCUCAUCGCGAAGACACCCGACUCCGACGCACCGAGCUUCUGGAACUCCAACGUUUUCCUCGGUCGACUCUGGUAUCUGGCAUUUUAUUCCGGAAAUCAAUUGCGACGAGACCUGAACGUGGUGGUCGGUGGCGGGAAGAACUGGAACAUCCCUACCUUCCUACCGCUUCUCCUCCGAUACGUCAGCGGGCCGAUUCUCGCAAUAAUCUUCAGCUUCGCCUAUCCUGAGUUCCACUCCCUCCGCUACGAUCCCAUGAUGAUUGCCGGCUUCAUCCUUUCGCAUCUCUGCCUGCUGAUGAUCGUUUUCGGCUUCAUCAUGCCGAGGUACUACGAGUGUUUUGUACCGCCUCACAGACGCAGCGAAGGGGCAGAGGUGACAGUUGUCAACCUGACUGAGGGAAAAGACGCCGUCAACGUGUAG